ACGAACAGGAAGGACAUUUGACCCUCUCUCGCUCGUGCGCGUUUACUCUCUGCAGGAGAACAAAUGGUCCGACACUCUCGCAAAUGGCCGCAGUGCGAUUAGUCUUCAUGUUUGUCGUGACAGAGGUUUAAGUGAAUUUUGGAGAAAGCAAACACAAACAAAACGCUUUUAGAGGAGAAUAGAAGCUUUUAGAAGCGGCUAUUCCCGUAAAGCCGUGUGAGAGAGCUCGCGCUUCUGUGCAGCCAUAACAGCGAAUUGACCGCGCGUGCGACCCCAAUACACAGUUUUGAAGAAGACGCGAUUUCCAAAAUGUCCAAGGCAAAGAAUUCUCCUUCCCCCUCUCGGUCCAGAUCCAGGUCUCGGUCCCGCUCCAGGUCGUAUUCGCGAUCUCGCUCCAGCAGCCGUUCACGCUCGAGGUCCAGGAAGCAUCGUUACAGCUCCAGAUCUCGCUCCCGUUCUCAUAGCCGUGACAGAAACUACCCAUCACGAGAUUUUCAGAGCAACCGGGGGUACACCCGUGGUUUCCGUGGCUACCGAAGACCCUUCUAUUAUAACCGGGGCCGUGGUCGUGGUUAUUAUCCACGUGGCUACCACAGAGGAGGAGGAGGUGGUGGUGGUGGUGGUGGUGGAGGUGGUGGAGGUGGUUCCUACGGUUAUCGCUCUAAUAACUGGCACGGAGGACACCGUGACCAGCAGCAAUCCCAUGAGCACCACAGUCCCAAAAGGGGGCGCUCUCGCUCCCGCACACCCCGCAAGCGCUCCAGGAGCCGCAGCCGCUCCCAUUACUCUGGGAACUCCUCUUCCCGGUCACGCCACUCUAGAUCGUCAUCACGAUCCCCGUCCCCGCGCCGCCGCAACUCUGGAAAAGCCCCGUCUAAGGAGUCAAAGAGUAAGAGCUCACCAAGUGAAGGGAAAGGCAAUAGCAAGGAAGCAGAACCCAAGUCUUCUGUACCCAUUCCUGAGGAGCCUCCGAGCAAAUGGGAGAGCUUGAGUGACUACGCCACCAGUCCGAAAACCUCCAAUCCGGAGCCGACCGCUCCACUAGGGGGACAGCCUGAGGUUAAAGUGUCCCUUUCUGGAGCCGCAGGUAACGGUGCCUCUGUUUGGAGAAGCAUUAGUGUUCCCGAAUCCAAGAGUCCUCCAAAGCCAGCGGCAACAUCAACUGGUUUUGGCUUCUUCUCCAAGGAAGACAUGAAGGCGGGAGAGAAAGCGGCCAUUUCCACAGCGUUCAAAAAGUUUCUGGCAGAGAAGAAAAAACCCGCAUCCGACUGGGAUGACAAUCAGGGCGAAGAUCAGAAUGCUGGCGAUGCCGAGAAGGAGAAGAGUAACCGGAAACAGAAGGGCAUUUUCGAACUGGAUCCGGAGUACGCAGAGCCAAAGGACAAAGGACUUCCGUUUCUGGAUGAGGAGGAAGAGGAGUACUCGAAGAGCCUGAGGGAGAGAAAAACCGAGGAGGAACCCAAGUACAAGGCCAAACCCUCUCUAUCUGCAAGGGAACUGUUCGAAGAGCGUUUUGGGAAGUGGGACGAUGACUACAUGUCCAAUAAAGAUUCAUCACAGCGAGAGGACGAUAUGGAGGAGGAGGAACACGUGAUGGAAGAGCUUUACCGAAGCCGCAAGCAGGCAGCACGUAAAGAAGAGAAGGCCUCCAAGAAGAAAGAGAAGAAGAAGAACCGCGUGAGUCCGUCCCCUUCACCUUCCAGAAGCACAGAGCGUAGCAAGCCCCUGUUCCCUUCAGCCAGGGAGCCGUCUCCGUCCGCCAGAUCCUCCAAGAAGAAAGAGCCCGAAUUUAACUUUAGUCUGAAAGUGUUUGACGAUACCGCAGAGAGCUCUUCUGGUGCUUUAGCCAAAGAAAGACGUUUGUCUCAGGAUCUAAUAUACCCUGUUAAGAAAGAGCAUGAGGAAUUCCGCUCCAUUUUCCAGCACAUUCAGGCUGCUCAGCUUCGCCGCAGCCCAUCAGAGCUGUUUGCUCAACACAUAGUCACCAUCGUCCAUCACAUCAAAGCUCAGCACUUUCGCUCGUCUGGGAUGUCUCUGAACGAGCGAUUCGGCAUGUACCAAAGAAAAGCCGCACAGAUGGAAAUGAUGAGGCAAAGAAAGAGUCCUGAGAUCCACAGGAGAAUUGAUGUGUCUCCCAGUGCUUUUAAGAAGCACACUCGUCUGUUUGAGGAUAUGGAAGAGAGCGACUACAAGGAUUAUGCUAAAAAAUACGAAGGAGAGUCAAUGGACCUGCGUUUGGAUAUUGAGCGACGUAAAAAAUACCCCAAACGUGAGGGGGGUAAAGGCUCAGCCGGGUCGCGCACCCCCAGCCGAGAACUCUCUCCUGAAAAGUCCUCCAAGCAUAAGAAGUCCAAGAAAAGCAAGAAGAAGCGUGAGCGUUCUCCUUCCUCCUCCUCGUCCUCUUCCUCUUCCUCACCCCACACGUACAGAUCCAGAGAGUACCACGGCGAGGAGAUGGAGCACAUGGAGAAAGGGGGCUUCGAUAAGUCCCGCCUGGGGCCGCGCGAGUACCCCCGGGAUUAUGAGGGGGGCCACAUGGAGAGAGGAGGCUACGAGAGAGGAAGAGGAGGGUACGAGCGUGGAGGAUUCGACCGGACCGGAUACGAUAGAGGACGUGGGGGAUACGACCGGGGAUUUCCUAGAAUGAGAGGAAGGGGAUGGAACAGAGGAAAUUACCCCAACAACAAUAACAACGGAAACCCUGCAAAUAUUGGCGGGCCAGUGCGCCCCCAGGAGGAGGAGUGGGACCCUGAAUACACCCCUAAGAGCAGGAAGUACUACCAGCACGAUGACCGUGACCGUGAGGGAGAGUUGAAGUGGGUGGAUGGGCGUGGCCGUGGGCGGGGAAUGUACCCGCGCACUAGAGGCGGCUCCUUUAAUGUUCGCAGAGGAGGUGCAGGUGCCGGUGGUAGCAGCGGCAGCCCCAAGUGGACCCACGACAUGUUCCAGGGAGCCACGGAGGAGGGAGAGCUGCCUGAUGACGGAGCUGAACACGGGCUGAAAGACGACGAGAAAACCGCAGAGAGCUCCACCUCUAAACCCUAGACCACACCCACUUUUUUUUUUUUUUUUUUUUUUUAAAUAAAUAAAUAAAUAUUAGUUGAUCCAUCACUGCAGUCCCCAAACACAGGUGUGUUGUACAGAUGGAGCGCUGUUCUGCUCAGCUUAUUCCAUCUCACAUUUAAAACAAAAGGCUUUCUGGUUAUUUGUUUGAUUUUGUUUUUUUUUUUAUUGUAAUUUUAGACCUAGCAGCUCCAGUCUACUCAAGUCUAACUGGAAUGUGCAGGAUGCUGUCUGUGUGUACAUGACAUUUAUUUUCUUUGUUUUUCUUUAUUUUAUAACGUGCAAUGGAGAUGCGCAUUUGUGCCUUAGAGACGGGAACUGCAGUGAAGUGUUGUGUUUUUGUUCUUGUUUUAAAGUUAGGUUUGUUUUUUCUUGCUCACUUCCCUCUGUGUCCCCCAGCCUCCUUCCUCCUUCCUCCUCCUUCCUCCUCCUCCUCCUUCUAUCUCGGUGUGUUGUACAGAUCUCUUCAUUUUAACUUGUCCUGUUCAUCCCGUUGACGUUAAUCGCCGAGCCGUUUCCCCUCCGAAACGCUUCCACUGUGUAUUUUUAACUGAUUCGUGAUAAAUAAGUCAAGAGUUAAAACUCUAGUGGGAUUUCUUUCACUCAUGCCCUGAAUUGCUUUGAUAUAUAUUUUUUGUUCACUCUGUUGCUUUGUAAAUGAUCAUAAUUGCUUAUAUAGAUUUUUUUUUAAACAUAUAUACUAUAAAAAAAAAAAGAAAAAAAUGUAGUCAGGACCCCAAACUGGUUUUAGUCAUUAUUGUGUGUCAGAAGGAUGCAAAAACACAGCUGAGGAUUUUCGACGGACCGAACAUGUUUUACAGCUGCUACACGGUUUGUGUAACUAGAGUUCUGUAAUCCUGAGACUAAUGAGCCAUAAUAAUAAUAAUAAUAAUAAUCAUAGUCGGUCUGAUUGAAGAAACGUUUUCCGCUCCGUUUUGUAGACCUCCACCUUUUUUUUUUAUUUGCAGUGACAUUUCUAAAGCUGGUUUUGUUCCGUUUAUACUGUUCAGACAAUGCUUCUUCUCAUUUCUGUCUCUCCUCGUUCCCAUUUCAAUAAUAAAAAUCCCCUCUCUUUCUCGGUUUA